CGUCUGGUACAUAUUUACCUUGUCUCUCUCAGUGUUCACUUCCCAUCGAUCGGGGUAAGGACAAUGCUCAUCUUCACCUGAUUAAAGAAGCAAAGUGUGUAUGGAGUGUUUGCCGUGAACCCGCAACAUGCUGACCCACAAGAAUUACGCCGAUACCACCUGCAACGUUACCACCCUUCAACCCAUGGGCCACAAUAACUACGGAAUGAACGUUAGCACCUACAACGCUCAGAAUUUCGGUAACAACAUGAUUCCCCCCAUGAGUAUGGGAAUGAGCAACAGUUGCAUGUCUCCGACCAUGAGCCAACUCGGACUCAAUCAGGGUAUGAACCCUACGUGUAUGGGGGUAACGCCGGCACUGAGCGGUGGUUACAGUGGGGGUGGUGAAUCGACGGCGUUGCAGAGAGCCCGAGCCGACAAGACCUAUCGUCGUAAUUACACGCACGCAAAGCCACCGUAUUCUUACAUCAGCCUGAUCACCAUGGCCAUUCAGAAUUCGCCCACCAAGAUGCUGACCCUGAGCGAAAUCUACCAAUUCAUCAUGGACCUCUUCCCGUACUAUCGGCAGAAUCAGCAGAGGUGGCAGAAUUCCAUACGUCACAGCCUCAGCUUCAACGAUUGUUUCGUCAAAGUGCCACGGACACCGGACAAGCCAGGAAAGGGCAGUUUUUGGACGCUGCACCCCGAAUCUGGCAACAUGUUCGAGAACGGAUGCUACCUGAGACGACAGAAACGCUUCAAGUGCGAAAAGAAAGAAGCCAUGAGACAGGCCAACAAGGCACAAUCGCCCAAAGUUAAGGCAGAUUCGACUACAUCGCCUAGCAACAGGCUGUCACCCUGUCGUUCCAGUCCCAUGCAGUAUCCCAUGGCAGAACCAUACGUAGAACCCCAUAACUGCAAAUCAGACGGUAGUUGCUGUGGUCAAGCCCAGAUGGACCCUUCGCUUCUACACCUGCGCGGAUUUCAGGACAACCUACACAUGGGCCAAAUGAAGAACUUUAGUCCUUCCAACCACCCCUUUUCCAUCAAUAACAUCAUCAACGAGAACAAACUGGACAUGAAACUGUAUGAAGUCUCUAAUUAUACCAUGUAUCCUCCUCCUCUUUCGCCCGGACACGACCCUUCUCAUUACUAUUCGUCUUCUAUCUAUCCUGUGCAUCCUGCCACGUCUAUGUAGAUAAAGUAGGAGGCCCCAUUGGAGGAGGCCCUCCUAAGAAAAUCCUUAGAUUUUAAGAAAAAAAAAAUAGGUGAGUAGGUCCUAAAUUUAGCAAAUUGGGUCUUAUAUAUAUAUAUAUUUUUUUUUUUCGUUCUUUUUUUCUCCCCUUCUCCCCCUGUCUCGUGACGUCAUUAGUAUGUAAAUAUUUAAGAAAGACGUGGAAUUUUGCGGGUUAUCAGGCCUCAUAUUGACUAAAAAUUAUAACAAUAAUAACAAAAAUUAUAAAGGAAAAGAUGCUUUGUAACUUGUAAAAUUGUGUACAAUAAUUAUACAAAAGAGGUGUGCGGAAAAUAAAUAUUUUAUGGGAUCUUA